CAAACAUGCCGCCUAGGUCUAAACGCAGCAAAGUUUCCUCUGCAGCUCCUGUUCCUACACCCAAGAAUCAAAGCAGAGAAGACCCCCCAGAAACACCAACUGAGGAAGAUCUAACCGGCAAUGCAAGCAAUAUAUCUACACCACCCAGCGUGAGAUCCAUCGAUCUGGCGUUAAUGGAUGAAGAGGAAGUAUCUGGAGCCCCUUCAUCGGGCGGCAAACGAGCAUACGCGGGUGGGUACGAUGCCCUCAAAACCUAUAACGGACAGGUAUAUUCCGGGAUGGCAAUUGGGGGGUCACACACCUGGAACUACGACCAGGGGGUGUGGAAGGAGACGAAGAUGGAGCCUGACCUGUGGAAGAUCGAUUACAGAACGCAUAAGAGGCGGGCCAGGAAUGCGCCCAAGGGGAGCGGUGCGCCUGUGGGAACGGAGUACCAUUGGUAUAUCGUUGCGCAUCAGUACGUCAAGAAAAUGGAUGCCAAUACGUACGAGACGCAUCUCACCGGAUCCAAGUAUAAGCUCGCACACAAGGGGGCCACGUCGAAGUCGUGGUCCAUCCCGACAGUCAAGGGGCAGCGUGAACGGGAAAUGGAACUACUCGACGACGUCAAACGACGUAUUCAGGGCUUGCCUCCCGUACUAGCGGGUGAAAAGGUAAGGGUUGAGGAACAUGAAAAGGGCCAGCAGAAGCUCGAUUCUCUGUUCGCUAAGGCCAAGGGGAUCAAGGGUCCCGAUGGGAUGGAGAAGAAGAGGAAGCGAGAAGAUGAGAAAGCAGACGAUGAGGAAGAAGAGGUUGUGGAUGAGAUUCACGAGGAAUAGAGAAGAGGUAUAUGUGGAUUCCAGAUGAACGACCUGGGGGAGAGACCCUAUCCUGAAACUAGACGUUGUUUCUCUGUCCCGUGAAACUUGUCUAAUCAUUCCCCGGUAACACUGUUUAAAUCUCCGAGGGGCUUCAACUAGCAUUUUAUUUCCUAGCGACGCUCUCUAUCAUCCUUGGCAGAUCCCUCUUAUCCAAAGUUGCAGGAAAACCAAAGCACAACAAGAACCAAGAAAUGAGGAACAUGAAACGAACCUAUAAUGGGCACCUGCAAGGUAUCAAAUACGCCAAAGACAUUGGUGACUGAGGACGGAAAGAACUCGGAAUGGCAUACGAAUGCAAGG